AUGGCCAUCCCGAUGCUCAGCUACCCGCUGCACAGAGAGCUGGUUGUGCUCGGCGAGCGCUGCAUGGAUGAGGAUUUUGACAGCUACGAGGACCUGCACAGCCUCCUGGAAGCCAUGGCAUCUGCGCUGGCGCUUACACCGGACGGGCUGCUGAAGGCGGACUGGUUCAUCCAGGUCCGGGACCACCGCUACAACAGCCUUGGCAGUAAGGCCAAAUUUGAGCAGGACUGCGGGGCUCAGCCCGACAUGAAGGUUGGGCUUCGCUGGUUCCACGUGCUGCUGUGCAACAUCCUCAGACACGCCCCUAUCCGGGAGCAGGAGGAGUUCCUGCGGGCCUACCCCUCAGAGUUGGCUGCAUUCCACAGCAGUGGUCGCAUCAGUGCAGCGCUGACCAAGACAUACGAGCCCAGGCGCAGUUGUGGCAGCAGCAGUGGCACCCAGCACGGCAGCAGCAGCCCUAAGGCACUGAUUGGCCGAUUGGUAACCCCCUUGUAA